AUGAGGUCAUUUACCGGGACUGAAAACUACGCGUUUCCAACACACACGGAUAUUGUUCAACGGAUCUGUCAAUUUAGACAAGGUCUUUCAGUUCUUUCCGGGACAAUCAAGAACAGAGAAUUUGAGCCUAUUAUUCUCUCCACUAAUACAUGUGAUACAAAUCGUGGCAGCAGAUUGGAUUUGCUAAUCCUUAUCAAAUCGGCUAUCAUUUAUCGAUCACGACGCGCGACCAUACGGAAUUUGUGGGCAAACAAUCAUUGUUGGGGUCAGCUCAAUGUUCGUCAUGUAUUUGUACUGGGGACCAUGAAAAACACUUCCAGUCUGUGGUCCAAAUUGAUUCAACAGGAGUAUCGACUAUUCGGAGAUUUGAUCCAGGGCAAUUUUAUCGAUCACUAUUAUAACAACACACAUAAAAUGAUUUUUGCCAUACGUUGGGCUGUCGCAUUCUGUCCGGAAACGCGAUGGAUUUUAUUUGUUGAUGAUGAUUAUUUCGUAGAUACCAGACUGGUUUCAAAUUUUCUCACACAAUUAGAUCCUCGUCUGACAUCGCGUCUAUUGAUCGGUAAUGUGUAUGCUGCUUCGCCAGUGUAUCGUCGUGGAAUCGAUCGAUCCAAAUGGACCGUGAGUUAUUCGUUGUAUCCGUAUCACACAUAUCCGAAAUUUGUUCCGGCCGGGUUUUUUCUAUUGGGCACGGAUUUGGCUUUGGACAUCUAUGUGGGAUCACGUUACACACGAUUUUUCCCGUUCGAUGAUGUGUUCCUCGGCUUGAUCAUGAACAAACUGCUCUUACGUCCGACUCAUAAGAGCGAAUGGCGGAUGCAAACGAGUGCACAAUUUCGUACAAACCAGUCGUUCGCAUGUCACGGUGUGAUCACUUCGACACAACAACAAAUCUACUGGAAAGCAGCCCAUUUGCACAGUAUGUGUUUGCACACAGUGGAUCAACUGUCUGUGCUUUAA